AUGCCAAAUAAUAAAAUUUUUGUCUGGAAUUGUAGGGGUGCUGCUAAUAGUGCCUUCUAUAGAUACUGCAAGAAUUAUAUGAUACAAUACAAGCCUGCUAUGUUGGUAGUUGUGGAAACUAGAUGUAAUCCAUCCUUGCCUGGUAAAGCUUUAAAGAAGCUGGGCUAUGAUAAGAUUGAGAGUAGUGUUAAUAGUGGCUUUGCUGGAGGAAUUGUUAUGGGCUGGAAAUCGAAUGAAAUGAAUGUCCAGGUGUGUCAUAUUAAUGAACAGUUUAUCCAUGUUUGCAUAAAUGACGAUAAUGAUAUGAAGUGGCAUUUCACUGCUGUAUACGCAAGGCCAAAUGACAUUAGCAAGAGUAUGUUAUGGAAUGAAUUGAUAGUGAUUGCUAGUAAUAUGAAUGGGCCGUGGAUGCUGGCUGGGGAUUUUAACGAUAUUGCGAUUUCGAAGGAAAAAACCGCAGGUGGAUCCGCAGCAAGUUCCAUGGGAGAAUCCGCAGCAAGUGACAAAAGAGGUGGUGCUAUUCCUUCCAUGAGUAAAUGCCGGAGAUUUCGGGAGAGAAUGGAUAAGUGUCGUAUCAGUGAUGUGGAGGCUAGAGGACCAAAUUUCACGUGGAGAGGUCCUAUUUUCCGUGGGGGUCAACGCAUUUACGAGAAGUUGGAUCGUGCUGCUAGUAAUGAUGACUGGAGUAUGGUCGAUAAACCUUUCCGUUUCGAGAAUGCAUGGCUAACUAAAGAUUCAUAUGAUACUAUGCUUAAAGAGGUGUGGAAAGAUGAUAUUAAUGUUAAAAGAAAUUUGCAGAAUGUUGUUGAUGGAAUUGAUAAAUGGAAAUUUGAAUCUUUUGAUAAUAUUAAAAGAUACAAGAAGGUGAUUAUGAAGAGACUUGAAGGUAUUCAAAAAUGUAUUCAGUUGCGGGAUAAUGUAGGAGGUAUGAAGGCUUUGGAGGCUAAUCUUCAGCAUGAGCUUAGCAAUAUUUUGAAUCAAGAGGAACUUAUGUGGCAUCAGAGAUCUAGAACGCGGUGGCUUAGUGAAGGUGAUAGAAAUACUAGGUUCUAUCACAUGCAUACUGUUGCUAGAAGAAAGAGAAAUAAGAUAACUAUGUUGAAGAAUGAAGAGGGAAUUUGGCUGACGGAUCCGGAGUCCUUGAAAAUUCAUGUUACUGAUUUCUACAAAGAUUUAUUUCGGAGUCCUUCCCAUUGGUGCAGUUGGGAGCAAUCCCAUAUCAGUUUUCCAGCUUUAAGUGAUGAGAAUAUUAAUCAGAUGGGGAAGGAUGUUGAUAAGGAGGAAGUGAGGACAUCCCUUUUUUUGAUGAAACCUUGGAAAGCUCCUGGCCCUGAUGGUUUUCCAGCCGGUUUUUACCAGAAGGCUUGGGAUGUUGUUGGUGAUGGAAUUAGCAAUUUUGUUGUUAAUACUAGGAAUAACCCAAGUACUAUUGCUGAAAUUAAUCAAACAGAUAUUUGCCUCAUCCCAAAAGUAGAUCAGCCUCAACGUGUGACUCAAUUCAGGCCGAUUUCCUUAUGUAAUUCCUUGUAUAAAAUCAUUACUAAAGUUAUUGUGGGAAGAUUGAAACCGUACAUGCCUCAGUUGGUGUCUCCUUUUCAGACAGGUUUUGUUCCGAGAAGGGCUAUCCAUGAUAAUAUUAUUAUUGCGAACGAGAUAAUUCAUAGCAUGAAGAACAAGAAAGGAAAGAAAGGUUUCUUUGCAAUGAAGAUCGAUCUAUCUAAAGCUUAUGAUAAACUUAAUUGGGAGUUUAUUUGGAGAACUUUAGUAGAGCUUAAUUUGCCUAAGAAAAUGGUGGAUAUAAUCAUGCAUGGAGUGACUAGUUUAGAAACUAAUGUGAAUUGGAAUGGUAAUAGGAAUGAUUUAUUUCGCCCGCAACGAGGAAUUCGACAAGGAGACCCUAUUUCUCCUUAUCUCUUUGUCUUAUGUAUGGAUAAGUUAUCUCGUCUUAUUGAGCAUGAAGUGAUUAGUAAAAAGUGGAAGCCAUUUAGGGUUGGUGUGCAUGGUGUUGAUAUUACUCACUUAAUGUUUGCAGACGAUUUGCUUAUUUUCGGCGAAGCUACUGAGGCUCAGAUGGAGUGUAUUAAAAGGACCUUGGAUAUGUUUUGCUCCAUGUCGGAUCAAGAAAUCAGUUAUGAAAAAUCAAGUAUAUUAUUUUCCAAGAAUGUGGCUAGAAGUCUUAGGUUGAAGCUGUGUGCUACAGUUGGGAUUAGAGAAUCUCAUUGCCUUGGUAAGUACCUUGGUAUUCCGUUGAAAGGGGAAGCGUUACGGAGAAAUGAUUUUAGUUACAUUACGGAUCAAAUUUCGAAGAGGCUUACAAGUUGGAAAGCUAGACAUUUGUCCUUUGCUGGUAGAGUUACUCUUACCAAAAGUGUUAUGGAAGCAAUUCCGACAUAUUCCAUGAUGACCAAUAUGCUACCGAAAGCUAGUAUAAAGGAAAUUCAUAAGCUGCAGCGCUCUUUCAUCUGGGGGGAUACUGAUGUGCACCGGAACUAUCAUGCUGUGAAUUGGAAAAAAGUUUCCACAAGUAAGGAUCAUGGAGGGCUUGGUUUGAGGAAGCUCGAUACGAUGAAUAAGGCGUGCAUCAUGAAACUAGGUGGGAAAAUAAUGAAUGGUAGUGAUGAUCUUUGGUGUAAAGUGCUGAGAGGUAAACAUAAGGUGUCUGCUUGUCUUAACGGUAUUCAGGCAAAAGUUUCUGACUCUAAUCUUUGGAAGUCUAUUGCGAAUACUUCUUCCUCUUUAUUGGAGCUAGGAUAUUGGAUUAUUGGGGAUGGGAGUAACAUUCAUGCGUGGAGAGAUCCUUGGAUCAGCAGAGGAGAGUCUAUUAUGGAUAGUGGAAUGCAUAUUCCUCUUGCUCUUGAGGAUGCUCGGGUUUGCGAUCUUGUGGAGGAUAAUGGCGAGUGGAAUUGGGAGUUACUGGAGUGGCUGCCUGACGGUAUUAAAAGCCGUAUUGCUGCUGUGCAUCCGCCAGCCAUGAACUCUGGAGAGGACACUUUUGACGUUGCUAUGCUUAAUGAUGGUGCUAUUUCUGUGAGUUACAUCUAUAAGCUUUUAGAGGAGGGGUAUGAUUCCAUAGCAAGAGAGAGGUGGCGUAGUAUAUGGAGGUUGCGGGUUCCGGAAAGAGUUAAGUGUUUUAUAUGGUUGGUUCAGCAUGACAGAAUUUUGAAUGGAGAUAGAUUGAAUAAAUUUGGCCUUGGUAAUGCUAGCUGUAGGUUAUGUGGUCAUUAUAAAGAAGACUCGCUACAUGUUUUGCGCGAUUGUAAGCUGGUACAAGAAGUUUGGAAAAAUAAGAUUCCAAUUAUUCUAUGCAGGGAGUUUUUCAAGGUUGAUCUGCUGCAAUGGAUCGAGAUGAAUAUGGGGGAUAACAAUAGCCAGGUGCUGCCCGUGGAUUAUGAUUGGAAGCAAUAUUGGGCUACAACAUGCCAUUCUAUUUGGGAGUGGAGGAAUAGGCAGCUGCAUGAUGAGAACUAUGUGAGACCCUUUAAUUUGCAGGUUGUCAUUGACAACAAAAUUCGAGAUUACAAAAUUGCUAUGUAUAAUCAUGGAGUUAUGAAGCAUAUUAAGGUGGAGAAGAGGUUUAAAUGGGAGCUUCCUAUGCAUGAUUUUGUGAAAAUCAAUGUUGAUGGGGCGCAUUCCUUGCAUGGGGGUGCUGGUUGUGGAGGGAUUAUUAGGGAUGAUAGAGGCUCAUGGUGUGGUGGUUUUGCUAAGGGUGUUGGUUCUUGCAGUCCCCUGAGAGCAGAACUGUGGGGUAUUUUAGAAGGUUUUAAAUUGGCUAGAAGGCUUGGCUUUUCAAAGGUGGUGGUGGAGUCGGAUUCGAAGGAAGCGGUUGAGAUUUGUACCAAGGCCCGUCAUGAUCAUGUGACUAGUUGUAGUUUAACGCGGUUCAUCAACAAGGAGAUGCUUUUGUUAGAGAAGGUUGAAGUUCGUCAUGUUUACCGAGAGGUGAAUGGUUGUGCUCAUCUUUUAGCUCUUCAUGGGAAGGAACUUGGUUAUGGUUUCAAGAAUUUCAAUGAGAUGCCUCCUUGGCUUGCUGAGAAUUUUGGGAGAGAUUUAAGGGGUUUCUUGCACCCUAGGCUUGUGUGUGUGUAG